AUGAGCAUUUCCUCGAAUAAUUUACAAAGAAGUGACCUUCAAUACAGGAGAUCACCGGAAUAUUAUGAAACAGAUUAUAAAUUUAAAAAACCCAAAUUGAUGAGAAACACUUACUCGCAAACUGAUGAAAAACAUGAAGAAAUUAUGAGACAAAUGGAAGAAACUGUAGAAAUAGGAUAUAAAGUAUCAAAUGACAAGAUAUUAGAAGAUUCUUAUGUUCAAUAUAAUGUUCAAAAUGAACAUCAAAUAGCUGAUCAAGGACAAGAGUUUAAAAUAUUUUCCAAAGAGUUGAUAACAUUGGUGAAAAAUGAAGAAUCAAUUGAAUGUUAUACAUGUCCCCUUUGUAAUAACGAAUUACCUUGGUACGGUGAAGGAGUUACAAUUACUCUUGAUAGAUGUAAUCAUCUUUUCUGCCGAUAUUGUAUAGAAGAUUUGUUGAAAAAUAUAAUUAAUUACAAAAAGGUAGAACUUCAAUGUCCGUAUCCAGAAUGCUACAUAGUUGAUCCGAUUCUUUAUAAAAAAUAUUUAAUGGUAUGCGUUGAAAGAUCGAGUAAUAAUACCACUAGUAGAAUAUUUCAUUGUAAAACUUUUCAAUGCGAAGGUUGGUGUGUUAUUGAAGGUUCCAAUGUAUACGAAUUUUUAUGUCCAAUAUGUAAGAAAUAUAAUAAUGUCCAUUCGAAUAAUGUGCAAACUGAACAUAAAAUAACUGAUCCAGUACAAAUUGAUAGCUACCAAGAGCUCGUAGCAUUAACAGAAAAUAAUAUUGUGCCAAAUUUCGAACCAUUCGAAUGUCCCAUUUGUUUCAUUUCUUAUAAACCAUUUGAGGGAUUAGUAUUAAAGAAUUGUUUGCACACAUUUUGCAAAGAAUGUCUUUCCAACACGGUCAAAUAUUCUACAGACGUUGAUAUUAAAUGUCCAUACAGUGAUAAAAAUUAUUCCUGCGAUGCAACUAUUGGACAAUGUGAAAUCAAAGAAGUUCUAAAUCCAAUUGAUUUUAACAAAUAUUUAGAAAAAUCAAUAAUCCAUGCUGAAGCUAAAGCUGGAAAAUCAGCUUUUCAUUGCAAAACACCGAAUUGUCCUGGUUGGUGCAUUUAUGAAUCAGAUGUUGAUAAUUUUACCUGUCCAGUUUGUAAGAAAACAAAUUGUCUUCGAUGUAAGAUGAUACAUAAAAAAAGCUGUGCAGAAGAUCAGUUUGAUUCGUCUUUGUCGAAUAUAGAAAAAUCUGAUAUAUUGAUAAAUCAAAUGCUAGAUAAGAAAGAUGCAAUGUUAUGUCCUCAAUGUCAAGCAGUGGUUAUGAAAAUAAGUGGUUGUGAUAGUAUUACUUGUACUAUAUGCAAAACUCAAUUAUGCUGGCGAACACGAGGAUUGCGUUGGGGUCCUAAAGGCAUUGGUGAUACUUCCGGAGGGUGUCAAUGUUCUGCGUAUAAAAAGUGUGAUCCAUUGUGUCAGGGUUGUCAUUAA